AUGCGCGAUACUCUUUCAGUGAUAUGUAACAAGCUAGAAUAUGUGUCAUCAAAGCUAAAUACCCUGGAUCAAAUAGAUAAAAGGUUAAAUGACCUUGAGCGUAAUGUAAGCAAUGUAAACCAAGAACUGAAAGAAUUGAAAAACAUGAAAGUAAAAGUUGAAGACAUUGAGAAGGGCAUGAAUCACAUCUCACUGCAGUACGACGAACAACAAAAGGCUGUCAAGGAAAUCGAACGGACAGUGAAAGAUAUAGACAAAAGGUCGACAUCAACAUUGAAAGAAAAUGAAGCGAUGCGUGAAGAACUCGAGGCAGUACGGUCAGACUUGUGUGACCUUAAAGAACGUCACCUAGAUCUACAGACACGGUCUAUGAGGGACAACCUAAUAUUUGAAGGGAUAGCAGAAACUCAGGAAGAAGACGCAGAGGAUUUGAUAAAAGAAUUCAUUAAGACCGAGAUGAAUAUCACAGACAAAAUUGAUUUCCACCGGGUGCAUAGAAUGGGUAGGAAGGGUGGAACCCGACCACGACCGAUAAUUGCCAAAUUUGUGCUGCACAAGGACCGAGAAAGAGUCAGGCGAGCAGCCCCUGGAUCCUUAAAUGGCAAGCCAUAUGGAAUUAACGAACAAUUCCCGAAAGAAAUUAACGAUCGACGUAAGCAAUUAUACCCCCAAUACAAAGCUGCCAAAAGACAGGGCAAAAGGGCUUCACUAGUCGUCGACAAGCUUUACGUGGAGGGUCAACUGGUACCAUUUCAGAACGACCAUUCGAGAGAUCGAAUCCCAGCAUUUGAAAACCGCGCCGCGCCGCCGACAGCGCAUAGAAAAUUCAGAUAUGCGGAAGCGCACUAG